CGGCGGCGGGCGGGGGGCCGGGGGCCGAGGGUCGGGCGCGGGCCGGGCGGGCAUGGCCUUCCGGGGCGGCGGGCGCGGCGGCUUCCACCGCGGCGGCGGCAACAACCACUUCCGAGGCGGCGGCGGCGGCAACUUCCGAGGCGGCGGCGGCUUCCGAGGCGGCGGCGGCGGCCGGGGCGGCUUCGGCCGGGGCGGGGGGCGCGGGGGCUUCGCCAAGGGCCAGGACUUCGGGCCCCCCGAGCACGUGGUCGUUUUGGGAGAGUUCCUGCACCCCUGCGAAGACGACAUCGUGUGUAAGUGUACCACGGAAGAGAACAAGGUGCCUUACUUCAACGCGCCCGUGUACCUGGAGAACAAGGAGCAGAUCGGCAAAGUGGACGAGAUCUUCGGCCAGCUCAGAGACUUUUAUUUUUCAGUCAAAUUGUCAGAAAACAUGAAGGCUUCUUCCUUUAAGAAACUGCAGAAGUUCUACAUCGACCCCUACAAGCUGCUGCCCCUGCAGAGGUUCCUGCCCCGGCCCCCGGGGGAGAAGGGGCCUCCCCGAGGUGGCGGCAGAGGAGGGGCCCGCGGCGGUGGCGGUGGCCGAGGCGGCAGAGGCGGGCGAGGAGGAGGUGGUUUCCGAGGAGGCCGAGGAGGCGGCGGCUUCAGAGGUGGACGAGGGGGUGGCGGCUUCAGAGGGAGAGGACAUUAGCGUCUUCCCGGCUGGCUUCAGCACAGUCUUCUGUGGAUUGGGAACUCGUUUCCUGGUCAAGUCUUGAAGAGUCAUUUAUGACACGAGUGAAAUGGCAGCUGCAGGCAGAGAAGAGCGUCGGGCAGCGUCGGGCCUCAAAGGCAAACACCAGCUUUGCAGGGUUUGAGGCCUGGACACUUGGUGUUUAUAAGUGGACACUUCAUUUGAAGCUUAGUUGGAUUUUUUUUUUUUUUUUUUUUUUUUUGCUGUAUUUUGGGUGACAGCUAUGCACAGGGGUUACUCCUGGCCCUGCACUCAGGAAUCACCCUUGGCGGUGCUCAGGGGACCAUAUGGGAUGCUUGGAAUCGAAUCCAGGACAGCCGAAUGCAAGGCAAACGCCCUACCUGCUGUGCUAUUGCUCCAGCCCAAUAGUUGAAUUUUUUAAUAAAAUGUUUUAUUUCUUUGUUUA